AUUGUGAAGUUGUUGCUGGAUAAAGGCGCCAACGUCAACGCGCAGGGAGGAUAUUAUGGCGACGCACUCCAGGCAGCUUCAUUUGGAGGACACGAGCAGAUCGUAACACUACUAGUUAACAAGGGUGCCGACGUUAACGCUCAGGGUGGAUACUACGGAGACGCACUCCAGGCAGCCUCCGUUGGAGGCUACAAGCAGAUCGUGACGCUGCUACUCGGCAAGGGGGCUGACAUCAACGCGCAGGGUGGAUACUACGGCAAUGCACUCCAAGCGGCUUCAGCUGGGAGCCAUGAGCAGAUCGUGAUGCUGCUGCUUGACAAUGGCGCCGACGUUAACGCACAGGGAGGCAAUUACAACAACGCACUCCAAGCGGCUUCA